AGCUUUUCUUCAAAACUUUUCUCAGUCGGUGAAGGGAUUUGUUGUCGGCACCGAGUAGGACGCGGACUGUAAGAAGGGGAUCAUGACAGAGGAAAUAGGCAGAGGGGCCCCUGCUGAUGAGUCUGAGCAGGAUAAACAGGCUCCCGAGGAAGGGGCGCAGCCGCGGGAAAAAUGGGCCAACAACAUGGAGUUCAUUCUCUCCAUGGCCGGAGAAAUAAUCGGACUCGGAAAUGUUUGGCGUUUUCCUUAUCUGUGCUACAGGAACGGAGGAGGUGCUUUUCUCAUUCCCUACUUUGUGUUCCUCCUCUUCUGUGGCAUCCCUGUGUUUUUUCUGGAGACGGCAUUGGGCCAAUACACCAGUGAGGGUGGAGUGACUGCCUGGAGGAAGAUUUGCCCCAUGUUUCAAGGGGUGGGAUUUGCAUCCCAAGUGAUUGUAAUCUACUUAAACAUUUACUACAUCGUCAUUUUGGCCUGGGUUAUCUUCUACCUAAUACACUCCUUCAAAAGCCCUCUGCCUUGGUCCUCGUGUGACAACUAUUGGAACACUGAAUCCUGUCACAGUCGCUCUGGAGUCUUUGCCAACCCCAAGCUUUUUCAGAAUGGGUCCAACUGGUCUUUCCUAUACAAUUUCACAUCAAACGACUACUUUGAGAAUGACAGUUAUAUCAAUUCUUCAAUUCUGCACAUUAAUUCACCUGAGGAAGAGUUCUGGAGAAGGCGUGUUAUCAGAAUAUCAGAUGAUAUGUCCCUGGGUAAAGUGCACUGGGACCUGGCUCUGUGUCUCCUAUUGGUCUGGGUUAUAUGCUACUUCUGCAUCUGGAAGGGAAUCAAAACUACUGGAAAGGUCGUGUACUUCACAGCUACAUUCCCAUACCUGAUGCUGAUCAUCCUUUUCAUACGUGGAGUAACGCUCCCAGGAGCUGCAGACGGCCUCAGAUACUACCUCCAACCUGACUUCAGCAGGCUUGCUGAGGCAAAUGUUUGGGUUGAUGCAGGGACUCAGGUGUUCUUCUCCUACGCUGUCUGUCAGGGAGUCCUGACGGCUCUGGGAAGCUACAACAAAUACAACAACAACUGCUACAGGGAUUGCCUGGCGCUGUGCUGCCUGAACAGUGCCACCAGCAUCUUUGCUGGCUUUGUAGUCUUCUCGGUACUGGGAUUCAUGGCUAAUGACCUUGAAAUUCCUGUGAGUGAAAUCUCUGCUAGUGGUCCUGGCCUUGCCUUCAUAGCCUAUCCCAGAGCUUUGUCGCUGCUUCCAGGCUCAUCCUUCUGGGCUGUGCUUUUCUUUCUCAUGGUCCUCUUCUUGGGUCUUGACAGUCAGUUUGUGUGCGUGGAGAGCCUGGCUACAGCCAUCACAGACCUCUUCCCCAAUCGUCUGAGGAGGCCAUACGCCAGAGAGAUACUAGUCCUGGUCAUCGCUGUUGUUUGCUUCCUGUUGGGGCUGCCAUUUGUGUCUGAAGGAGGGUUAUACCUCUUCCAGCUAGUUGAUUCCUACGGUCCCAGUGGAACCAACCUCCUAAUCAUUGCUUUUGUAGAGACGGUUGUAGUUGCCUGGAUAUAUGGUGCUGACCGUUUCUAUGACAACAUUGAAGACAUGAUCGGGUAUGCUCCACUCCCUUGGCUGAAGUAUUUCUGGUUGUUCAUCACCCCGUUCAUCUGUGGGUUUACACUGGUGUAUAAGCUGGCACAAGUAAGCACUUUCAGUUUCGGAUAUGGGUUUGGCUCCUGGGCCACUGCAGUGGGUGCUCUACUUCUUGCCCUUCCGCUGUUAUGCAUCCCACUAUUUAUUUUCAUCUCACUAUGUCGGUAUCCCAACGACAUGACUACGCCAUCCAAAGACCUGCGACAGAUUCGUCCCCAUAAGCCAGUGCUCACGUUGUGUAACCUCGUCAUCUUCAAAGGGCAGAGGCAGCCAAAGAGGGGUGUGGAUGAUAGCAAUGAGAAGAUGGUGAUGGAGGAGCCAAGCGGGGUUUGAUGUUGAUGAUGUAUAUAUUUGCAAAAACAAAAAAUAUAAUCAUUUUAUAAAUGUUUACACAUAUUAGUCUUCAGGGAAAUUUUUUUGUCUUUUAUCAACACAAUUACCGUGAUUUUUUUUCUUUUGUUUUUUUUAAAAUACCAAUGUUAAAGACUUAUGUAGUGUAUGUUUAUCUGUAUACAUAUUGUCCUUCAUGUAUUGACAAAGCCAUAGCAUAAUUUAACACAAGCACUACCUACGGUCCAGUCCCAUGGGACUAUAGGUAAACAGCAUGGAAUGUCCUUCUAAAAUUAUAACAAACAAUGUUGUAUGUUUAAUUUAGAAAUCAUUAAGAAGUCUCAUCUUAAUGUUAUACAAAGCUCUUUUUUUAAAUUUAUGUUAAUCAAUUUUGUUUUUAAUUGUACUUAAAAUAUAAAACAUACGUAUUUAAAAAAUAAAUUAAAUUCAGAAGAGGAUUUUCAUUUGUGAAGCCAGUUUAAAAUAUACAUACAUUCAUGAAUAGAUUAUUCUCCCUAUGCUUAUGUUUUGGAAAAUGAGUUUGUUUUUUGAUGGAUUAAGAUAUCACUUCAGCUGUGAGAAAGACCAGUUUUAGCAGAUUUCCCACCCAAUUUUAAAGGAUAUGCACAUAUAAUACAAAUGUUUCAAACAAAGAAUAAAGUUUGACGGUUAUUAUGACUUAUGAGUUAUCAGUUUUGUAAAAGAUGCUUGAACAGUUAUGCUUGUACCUUGGAUGACUACCCAUCAUUUCAGUCCCAGCUGGCUCACUAUGACUGCAAAGUUUUCAGUAUCAAUAUUCAAUGCAUAGUGAUCUGUUUUACUAUUAAGCUUGAAGGUUUUUAGCAUCCUUGUUACUUUAUUUAUCCAACACCCUGGCAUGUAGAGGGGUCUCUCUCUGAAAUCUCCUUUUUGAGGCAAAUUUUAAAGGACAAAACAGAAAGUGGAGUUCUGCAGAUUUGUUGAGGAUUAUAGGAAUCCCCUUACCAAUUUACAGCUGUUUGUAUCACAUUUUAAGAGUAAGUGUUAAACAGUUAGAGUUAGUGUUUCCAGCCAUAAAAAUAAGUCAUUGCAGAAAAAAUAUGACAAUCCCUAGAGUGCAAAUCAGAGGCCCCGUCCCUGAAGUGGACUAAGUUAUUAAAUCUUCUGCAUUUGACUAAAUAUGUUAUAUGACCAACUUAGACCAUCAUGUGAACAUUCCCAGAACAUUUAUCUGCAGCAUUAAGCUAAGUGGACAUGUUGGAAACCUCUGCAAUGGUUUGUUCAUUCUGUAAUGCAAUUCACCAGUUUGCCAUACAAUUUAUGUCUUCCUCAAGAAUGUAUGUUCAUUGUGUUUUGUGUCAUUAUGUGUUUAUUUGUGUUUAUAGGCAAAAAUAAAAGGAAAAAAAAAAACGGCAUUAA